GUGAGAUAGGAAUAUAUUAAUUUCCUGGACACUCGGUUUCCUAGAGAAAGAUUAACCGGUCUGCGAUAUGCGAAAGCUCUCGGAUUUCUCGCCAGUGGGGUACAGAGGAAGGAUUGUUUGAGGUGCUGGUGUGAGGCGGCGACGGACUCAGAGAGAGCGAUGUUACAAUAAACACAGCAUCCCGCCCUGUUGCUUGCUCAGGGCAUUUCAGGAGAGCAGCAGGACACACGCCGCUGGAGGAGGGCACGGCUGGAAGUCAGCCUGACCAAGGAAAGGUCUGGACCCAAGGCUGGUUGCUUUCUAAGGUAAACUCACUCUCACCCUUUGACUUUUGGUCAAGAGUUGCGCUGAGCUGGCCACAGCCUCUCUCAGCCCCAUUUGUAGCAGAGCAAAGAAGAGCAUCAGGACUUCUGCCUCCGGUCACAAUGCCAACUGUGGAUGACAUUCUAGAGCACAUAGGGGAGUUUAACUUUUUUCAGAAACAAAUGUUUUUCCUCUUAGCUCUGAUCUCUGUGGCUUUCACCCCCAUCUAUGUGGGCAUUGUCUUCCUGGGCUUCACCCCGGACCACCGCUGCCUGAGCCCCGGGGUGGCCGAGCUGAGCCAGCGAUGCGGCUGGAGCUUGGCAGAGGAGCUGAACUACACGGUGCCGGGCCCGGGGCCGGUGGGCGAGCCCUUCCCCGGCCAGUGCCGCCGCUACGAGGUGGACUGGAACCAGAGCGCCCUCAGCUGCGAGGACCCGCUGGCCGGCCUGGCCGCCAAUAGGAGCCACCUGCCGCUGGGCCCCUGUCGGCAUGGCUGGGUGUACGACACGCUGGGCUCCUCCAUCGUAACAGAGUUUAACCUAGUGUGUGCCAACUCCUGGAUGCUGGACCUGUUUCAGUCGGCUGUGAAUGUGGGAUUUUUCAUCGGUUGUAUGGGUAUUGGCUACAUAGCAGACAGGUUUGGCCGUAAGCUCUGCCUCUUGAUUACAAUCCUCAUAAAUGCUGCAUCUGGAGUUCUCAUGGCCAUCUCCCCAACCUACACACUGACGUUAAUUUUUCGCUUGAUCCAAGGACUGGUCAGCAAGGCAGGCUGGUUAAUAGGCUACAUCCUGAUUACAGAAUUUGUCGGGCUGCAAUAUCGGAGAACAGUGGGGAUUUUUUACCAAGUCGCCUUUACCUUUGGGCUCCUGAUCCUUGCUGGGGUGGCAUACUUGCUUCCUCACUGGAGGUGGCUGCAGUUGAUGGUUACUCUGCCCAACUUCUGCUUCUUGUUCUACUAUUGGUGCAUCCCUGAGUCUCCGAGGUGGUUGAUCUCCCAGAACAAAAAUGCUGAGGCCAUGAGGGUCAUUAAGCACAUGGCAAAGAAAAACAGAAAAUCUCUGCCUGCCUCUCUUCAGAGCCUCAGACCUGGCGAGGAAGUCAGCGAGAAGUUGAAUCCUUCAUUUCUUGAUUUGGUCAGAACCCCUCAGAUAAGGAAACACACUUUGGUCUUGAUGUACAACUGGUUCACGAGCUCUGUUCUCUACCAGGGCCUCAUCAUGCACAUGGGCCUUGCAGGAAGCAACAUCUACCUGGAUUUCUUCUACUCUGCCCUGGUUGAAUUCCCUGCCGCCUUCAUCAUCAUCCUCACCAUUGACCGCAUCGGACGCCGUUAUCCCUGGGCUGCAUCAAAUGUAGUGGCAGGAGUAGCGUGUCUAGCCUCGGUUUUUAUCCCUGCUGAUCUGCAAUGGCUAAAAGUUACAGUCGCAUGCUUGGGCAGAAUGGGGAUUACAAUGGCCUAUGAAAUGGUUUGCCUGGUCAACGCGGAACUGUACCCCACAUUCAUCCGGAAUCUUGGUGUCCUCGUCUGCUCCUCCAUGUGUGACAUUGGUGGCAUCAUCACACCGUUCCUGGUCUAUCGACUCACCAGCAUCUGGCAAGAGCUCCCACUGGUGGUCUUUGCCGUGGUUGGCCUGAUGGCUGGAGGACUGGUGUUGCUUCUACCAGAGACCAAAGGGAGGACUUUGCCCGAGACCAUUGAAGAAGCUGAAAACAUGCAGAGACCAAGAAAAAAGAAAGAAAAGAGGAUUUACCUUGAAGUCAAGAAAUUAGACAUUCCCCUAAACUAAGAAGAGCCCUCAUUGCUGCUAUGGUCUUUCUUUGAUGAUCUGAGGCCAGAAUCAGAGAUUUCUCCACUCCUCACAAAGCACGUACAAUUCAACCUUACUUCCCUUUGAAUCCUAUUAAUCUAGAUCUAUGGCCAAAUGGAGCUUGUUGUACAACUGCAUUAAAAUCUACCCAUGGACCAGAUCCUGCCAUGCCACUCCAGCUCACUCCAUUCCCGGCAUUCCCAGGACAAUGACCAUUAAUUUGCUGGGAAUUUUUUAAAUUGUUGUAUUUCUUUAUUUUGUUUCUUUCUCCACAAUUAUGUGAAACCAAAACAUAUAGGGGAAUUGUGGGCCAGGGAAAUAAAAUAAAAAAGAUUGUGAAAAACAAUAAAGUUAUCUUCAAGAAAUAACAUCCAAAGCAAUAUCAAGUUGUCCAGAAUGUAAGUCAAGAAUUUUAAAUAGGCCUUUCAGUGUUACAUGUGAAGAAACUUUAAAAUACAUUGAUUAUUAUCUGGGUUAGACUUUAAGGGAAUUUAAAAUAAAAGAAUCAGGAGCACAAAGGAGUAAUCACUGUCAUCUCUAUUUAGAUGAUGGAUAAGCACAAAUGUGUGCUUUCUACAAGAGAUCUUGAGAAGUGUUUGAUAAAGAGCAAUGUUAAACUUGGCAUUAUUAAACGAUAGAUGAUAAUGCUUCCGUCUGGUAAAAAUUUCUCUAAAUUUGUGGAUUUAAAAAAUUAUAUUGAUAUUUUACCAAAGUAAUGUAGUAAGUAGAUUUUUUUAAAGCUAAAUAACGACCUAUAAUGAAAAACAAAAGUUCCUUGCCCCAUUUCUCCUCUACUAACUCCUCAGAA